GAUCUUCCCUUCUUUUGUUCUAAUGUUAAAAAAAUAUCAACCGACGUCGAAUGCUUCGUGUAGCAGAUAACGCCAAGGGUCAAUUCCGUAAAUCUCGACAACAGACUUUCCGCCAAGCAGCUUCUUUAAUCUCUCUCUCUCUCUCUCUGUUGCAAGAUUGUUUGCAUUCUCACUCUUUGUCUGAACAAAACACAACUUUAAUGUUAGAUCUGUCUUUUACGUCGCUACGAAGUCUUCUUUCCUUCCUUCGCAUACCUUACUCAGUACUAUCCCAUUACCAUAAAGCCCUAAACAAUCUUCUUCUUCCUCGAGAUCUCAAACUCAAAUCAAAUGGCGUCUCCGAAUCCAUACACCAAGCAUCCUUCUCCUCCGCGAACCACCGCCGCCGCUACGCCGCCGUCUGUCUCCCCAGCCAGCGGAGGCUUCUUCUCUAAGUCUAUCCUACUCGGUAUGUUCCUUCUCGCCUUGCCGCUGUUCCCUUCUCAGGCUCCAGACUUCGUCGGAGAGACGGUUCUCACCAAGCUCUGGGAGCUGAUUCACCUCCUGUUCGUCGGCAUUGCCGUCGCUUACGGUUUGUUUAGUCGUAUGAAUGUUGAAGAAUCAAAUGUUGAGUCGAGGAUGAGUUGUGUAGAUGAGUCUUCCUUGUCUUACGUGUCUAGAAUCCUCCAGGUUUCCUCUGUUUUCGACGAGGAGGAGGAAGAGGAGAUGAAUAAGUCUGAGUAUGGUGAGAUCAAUCAAGUGCAAGCUUGGAACUCGCGGUAUUUGCAAGGGAGGUCUAAGGUUGUUGUUGCUCGACCAGCUUAUGGUCUUGAUGGUCACGUUGUGCACCAGUCACUAGGCUUGCCGGUUAGGAGUUUAAGGUCGGCUCUUGAGGAGGAGAACGAGAAAGCUGAGGAGGAGGAGUCAUUGGCUGCUGAUGAUGAUGAGGUCAUGGCUGCUGCUCCGUCUUCUCCGUGGCAUUCUAGUCCUGAGAUGAUGGCAAUGGGAGACGAUGAAACCCGGUUUACGAGUCGGUCUAGUGUUUCUUCUUCUUCUUCAUCACAAACUAGUUUUGAGUCCAAUGAUCAGAAGAACAGAUACUCUCCUUCUCGUUCUGUUUCUGGAGAUUCUUUAAUCUCUAAUGUGGAGGAAAAGAGUCUUCAGGGUUCAUCACGGCCAUCACUGUCUCUACCACCAUCGCGAGAGUUAGUGAGGGAUGAUACUCAUAGGCGUGUCUUACAUUCUAGGCAUUAUAGUGAUGGUUCUUUGUUAGAGGAAGAUGUGAGGCAAGAAGGGUUUGAAGAUGAACUAGAGGGAAGUAAAGACAGAGGAGGCUUUAGCAAGAAGGAACCAGGAUCUAAAUCACUUAAGCUCACUGCUGAAAGUUCCUUGAACAAGUCUCGCAGAUCUUAUCCUCCUGAUCUCAUCUCAUCACCCGUUGAUCAUUCCACUGCUAGAAGACGGUAUCUUCAGCAAAAGAGCGAUGGCCAUUUGUUUGAGAAAGGAUUAGAGUCUGACCAUAACAAGAUGAGUGUCAAGAAGGUGCGGAGCCACGACUCUUUGGAGUUCCAACCAAGGAAUGAUAAAGCUUCAAGGCGUGCAAUUCGUUCUUCUUCGCGAGGUGGCAGUGACACUUUGGUGGUGAAAGACAACAAAAGAAACUCAGAGGAUGAUGAUGACUCUGAGGAUUAUGAUAAUACUAGAAAUAAAGAUCUUCCUGGUGAUAACAAGGAAGUAACAUCAAACAGUCCAAGAUCUGAACCACAAUCUUGGAGAAGUUCUAGUAAAGUUUCAUCUAGAGGGAAGUCAGUGAGGACCAUAAGAUCUGAUUCAUCUGAUGAUAGGGCAGAGAGCCAUGGAAGAACAAAACCAAGAAGACAAUGGCAACAAGAACUAGCAAUAGUACUACACCAGGAGAAGCAUUCAGAAACUCUCACUACAUCAGAGCCAGAAGAUGAUGAUGUUAUGGAAGAGAGUGAGGCAGAGCAACCUGAAGUAACCUUAGAGGAGGAAGAAGAAGAAGAAGAAGAAGAAGAAGAUGUUGACGCUUGGGAAAGCCAGAGUAAUGCAAGCAAUGAGCAUUACGAAGUUGAUAGAAAAGCUGAUGAGUUCAUAGCCAAGUUCAGAGAACAGAUUAGGUUGCAGAAACUUCAUUCCGGUGAGCAACGUAGAGGAGGUGGCACUGGCGUUAUCAGAAACAGACACUUCAGAUGAUACACACACUCACCAUUGCUUCAUUUUUACUUGUAUUAUUGUAAUAAUUUAUUUGUCUGCAUUGUUGAUGAGAAUCUUGAAUCAUCACUCUCUUUGUUUGAGGUUUAUAUUGUUGAAUAAAAUGAUAUUUUAAUUUA